CCACUUCUCUCUUCUCUCUCUCUAUUCCAAACGCAGUCUCUCAUUUUUCAUCUCUUUUCUACGACAAUGGCGACCGUUUGCGGAUCGUCGAGAGCCCUGUUCGGAGUCUUGACAAUCUUUACUCUUCUCUUCGUUAUUUUCUCUCCUUACGUCCAAGCUCAGGCCCCCGCCCCUGCUCCCACCAGCGACGGUACUUCUAUUGAUCAGGGGAUUGCAUACACGUUGAUGGUGGUGGCUUUAGUGCUCACCUACCUCAUUCAUCCGCUCGAUGCUUCGUCCUCUUACGGCUUCUUUUGAUUUAUUAUUAUUAUUAUGAUUUCUUUUAGGACCUGUAAGGACAUGGGUUUUUUUUAAGGAUUUUUUUGUUUCAUUUGCAUUAUUGUUAAAUGUAUUUAAUCAGGAAUUUGUUUACCUUUUUAAUAUUUUUGUGGAUAAUUUGAUGGGGAGAUUUUAUUUUGGA